AUGCGCAAAACUCAAGAGUCUACCAAUCCCGGAUGUUCAUGGUAUACAAGAUGUCUGCCGAUCUCGAAAGGAAACAGAGGGAUUCUGAUAUGAAAAAUGCUAUAAAUAGCAAAUUAGAUGAAAACUUUGAACGGGAAAGGUUAAUGGAAUUGCUGCGAACAAGAUUAAAGGAAUGUGGAUGGAGAGAAAAACUUGCUCAGGAAUGCAAAGAUAUCAUUAAAGAAAAAGGUUUGGACAAAGUUACAGUUGAUGAUUUAGUAAAUGAAGUCACACCUAAAGCUAGAGAAACUGUUCCCGAUGAAGUAAAGCGAGAAUUAUUGGAGAGAAUUCGCAGUUAUUUUGGUGAUAAUGUUUAACAUGUUCAAAUAAAAAAAAGAAACUUUACCUCUAUUUACAAUAUUGAACAUGAGUUUAACAUGUUCAAAUAAAAAAAAGAAACUUUACCUCUAUUUACAAUAUUGAACAUGAUAAAUUUAGCUAGUCUUUGGACUGUAGUUAUUUGUGUGGGAUGUGAAAUUUGAGUAUGUUAUUUAUUGUUUAUGGCAACGAAUUUGGUAUUUGGUGCUUUUGAAAGGCUUAAAAAUUUGUGUAUGAUGAAAAACAUGUGCAUUAUGAAAGGGUAAAAUUUCCAUUUUUGCAAGUAUAUUUACAUUUACAAUGUUCGAUGAACUUGGUGUAGAAAUUCUUGUAAAAAAACACUUGUACUACCUUUUUUUAAGACUGCAUACUUGCAUCAAAUCGAUUUUAUGAUUAAUGAUUUACACGUCAAUGGAAUAUUGAAAUUCAGAAUGAUUAUACAAAAGACAGUAAAAUUGAUGUAGAUAAGAGUUUGUACUGUGAGAUAAUGCAAAUAGCAUGACAUGAUUUCUAAUAAAGUCCCGAUUUUUACAAACGACAAAA